AUGGAGGCCAGGCUGCUGGUGUGGGAGUGGAUGCCCCGGGGGGACAUUCGGAAGGCCUUCUCCUGUGGGGGGCAGGGGGAGGACCCCCGCCCCCUCCCGGCCCCGCCUUCCGCCCGAUGGCGGAGGACCCCUCCCCGCGGCGGGGAGGGAGGCCGGGGCGAGGUCCGCCUCAAGAGGGGCGUGCGGCCGAGCGAGCGAGCGAGCGAGCGGGGAGAGCGAGCGGGGAGAGCGCGCGAUCAGGCGCGAGCGAGGCCGGGGAGGCGGCGGAAACUUUCUUCCCCCGACGUGCGUGAGCGGCGGCGGCCGCGCAGCGAGCGAGGAGGCGGCGGGGCGGCGGGGACGGCGGGGACUGCGGGGCUGCGGGGGCCGCUCCGCCCGCGCCGGGACCCCCGCGGGAGCCGCGGCCGGGCCGCCGCGGGCAUGGACAGCGGGGGCCGCCGCCGCCUUCCGCUGGACAAGCCGGUGCUGGGCCCGGGCCGCCGCCGCCCGCGCUGGGGCCCGGCGACUGCGCCCAGCGCGCAAGAACUUCACGGUGAGCCACCUCCUGGACCUGGAGGAGGUGGCGGCGGCCGGGCGGCUGGCGGGGCGGCCCGCGGCCAGGGCCGAGGCGCGGGGGGCGCGGCGCGGGAGCCGUCCGGGGGCAGCAGCGGCAGCGAGGCGGCGCCGCAGGACGGUGAGUGUCCCAGUCCCGGCCGCGGCAGCGCCGCCAAGCGGAAGAAGAAGCAGCGGCGGAACCGCACCACGUUCAACAGCAGCCAGCUGCAGGCGCUGGAGCGCGUGUUCGAGCGCACGCACUACCCCGACGCCUUCGUGCGCGAGGAGCUGGCCCGGCGCGUCAACCUCAGCGAGGCGCGCGUCCAGGUCUGGUUCCAGAACCGCCGUGCCAAGUUCCGCAGGAACGAGCGUGCCAUGCUGGCCAACCGCUCUGCCUCGCUGCUCAAGUCCUACAGCCAGGAGGCCGCCAUCGAGCAGCCCGUGGCUCCCCGGCCUACCACCCUGAGUCCAGACUAUCUCUCCUGGCCAUCGUCGUCCCCCUACAGCUCUGUGCCACCCUACAGCCCUGGAGGCUCAGGCCCUGCCACCCCAGGGGUCAACAUGGCCAACAGUAUCGCCAGCCUGCGUCUCAAGGCCAAGGAGUUCAGCCUCCACCACAGCCAGGUGCCCACAGUGAACUGACGGCCAGCGCAGUGGGACUGGCCACCUCCCACUGUGACAACAGCAGAAAAGGGGGCAGAUGUACAGGAAGUGGCCUCCUCCUG